GAGUUCUACAAGUACUUCAAGGCAAGUUAGUGUGGCGUCGCAACCGUGACAAAACUGCUACGCUUUGUCACGUAUUCAGUCUGCUGCAGAUUGUCCGAACUGGUAACAGAUAAAAAGCAGCCAUGACAAAGGAUCCAAGCAAGCCUAAAGGCAAAACCUCAUCUUAUGCUUUCUUUGUGGCAACUUGCCGUGAGGAGCACAAAAAGAAGCACCCGGGAACCAGGGUGGGAUUUGCAGAGUUUUCCAAGAAGUGCUCUGAAAGAUGGAAGACCAUGUCUAACAAGGAAAAGCAGAAGUUUGAGGAGAUGGCAAAGAAUGACAAGGUCCGGUAUGACAGAGAGAUGAAAACCUAUGUCCCGCUGAAAGGUGCUAAAAAAGGAAAGAAGAAGAAGGACCCCAAUGCCCCCAAAAGGCCCCCCUCUGCCUUCUUCGUCUUCUGUUCGGACCACCGACCCAGGAUCAAGGAGGAGAACCCUGGAAUCUCAAUUGGUGACAUUGCCAAGAAGCUUGGAGAGUUAUGGUCAACACAGGGUGCUAAAGACAAGGCACCAUAUGAGGCUAAGGCUGCCAAACUGAAGGAGAAAUAUGAGAAGGAUGUUGCUGCUUACAGAGCGACAGGCGGCUCAGGGAAAACUGACGCUGGCAAGAAGAGUGGCCCAGGUAGGCCCAAGAAAACCCAACCAGUUGAUGAUGAUGAUGAUGAUGACGACGAUGAAGAGGAUGAAGAUGAUGAGGAAGAGGAUGAUGAUGAUGAUGACGAUGAUGAUUAAGCAAGCGGUUGUUAUGCAUGUAUUGUUUGCAAUGCAUUGAGCUAAAUUCUUUCAUUGUGUGGAUGUUCAAGCCGUAUAGCCUGCUGUGUCCCUCUUGAUCAGCCUCUUUGGGUUGUCAGACCUGUAUCCUUGUCAAAUUCAGGGAUUUAGUUUUUUUUUUUCUCAAUUAGACCCCUUAAUGAUUUAUUUAGAUCCUUGUUGCUAUAUUAAAAUGGUCAACUUUUGUUUGGUUAUACCAGCUUAAUAUUACAAAGGACUUAACCUGCGCAACGGUCACUGGACAGCAAGGUUUUAAAGAAAUGUUCUGCUUCUCAAAAGCACUGCUUAGGUUUGUUUUGUGGUGCUGUGUGUUCACUGUCAUUUUACUCAGACUUCUAGUUUGACUUAAAAAAAUAAAUAAAAUGCAGCCGUUUUAAUAUUAAGACCUUCAAUGUAGAACUGAUAUUUUUUUUGGUAAUAAAAUUUUGUAUAUUGGU